AUGCCUAGCUCGAGAGGAGGCUGGAGGGAGGAGCACCAGGAAGCAUGCUACCGCAAUCUUUCGGGAAGACAGAGUCGCGGCAAGACUGGCCUAGGCUACAGCGGCAGCAGCUCGAGCAGCAACGACAGCUCUUCUCUCUCAAGCCUCUUCGUCAAAAGUGUGCAGGAAGCAUGCGGUGCUAGACAUGCUUCUCUUGAAAGCAGCACCAGCAAUAGACGGCGACGUCCUCACCAGCAGAGCGGCAGCUGCAGCAGGAGCAGCAGCAGAAGCAGAAGAAGCAGCAGCAGAAGCAGAAGGAGAAGCAGAAGCAGGAGCUGCAGCAGAAGCAGAAGAAGGAGCAGAAGGAGAAGAGCAGAAGAUGCAGCAGUCUCUUUGAAAGAACGCAUUGCACGCCAUAAGGAACGAGACAGAGAAAAGGCUGCACAUCAUUCGCGGAUGCCUUUGACGGCGGAAGAAGGUCGAUUACGAACGCUGAAAGCUGUCAUCGAUCAAGAAGCGGAAGAAGCCGCUAGGGGUCAUGCUAGCUGGAAGGAUGACUUCGCCGCUGCGGCUGAGGGCAGUAUGCGGGCUGCAGCAGUUGCUCUGGUGGAAGACGAGUCUGAGUUUGCUUUUGCGGAGUUUAUUGAUCGGCAUAGACAGGCUAAGAGAACGGCUGUUGCUGCCGAUGAGGAGUCCAGCCAUUUGAAUGCGAUCUUUGGAAGCGGCUCAGUGCAGCACAAAACAGUUUUGGAGGAGCGGCAAGCCUCCCCCCCUCGCUUGCGACUUAGCAGCAGCAGCCGCAGCAGGAGUCGCAGCAAACACCGUGACUCUGGGGGCAGCCAACAGCAGCAGCAACAACGCAGCAACAACAGUGGCGCUUGGCAGCAGCAGCAGCACGAGCAGCAGCCGGCAACAGCAACGGCUCCAGCAGCCGGUGCGGGGGGGGGACUGCAAGUCAUGCGUCUUUCAGCAGAAGCUAUUCUAGCGGAAGAGCAGCUCCAGCCGCAGCAGGCAGCUGCUGCGAGCUGCAGCGUACCCAAGUGGAAGCUCAAGCUGCUGCAACGGCAGCAGCCACACCAAUAG